AUGUAAUUGCGGAAGAUGUCUAUGUAAGGACGAUUAUGAUGGUCAACACUGUGAAUGCCCUCCGAAACGCAAUUGUAAACAUCCGGAAACAGGGAUGGAGUGUAAUGGCCAUGGAACGUGUAAGUGCGGAAAGUGUGAAUGCGAACCCGACUAUGAGGGACCAACGUGCGGAGAGUGUCCUAAAUGUGAAAGGUGUAGCAAAUGCCGGUACAGAGAAUGUGUCAAGUGUAUCGUAGAAAAUGAAAAGCAGACAGCCAUGAUCAACGAGACAGCUAUUCCGUUCGUGUGUCAGUCAAGCUGCCCGAAUCUUCUAGUCACAAUGGUCAACAAAUUCAAUGAUUCCGAUCCCUGUGUCUUCAUUGAGUCGAAGAAAUGUAUACGCAACUACUUAGUGGAGUGUUCAAACGAUACUGUCCGGCUCAACAUCGCCAACCACAGAGAUCAUGGGCAAUGUAAUUGCGGAAGAUGUCUAUGUAAGGACGAUUAUGAUGGUCAUCACUGUGAAUGCCCUCCGAAACGCAAUUGUAAACAUCCGGAAACAGGGAUGGAGUGUAAUGGCCAUGGAACGUGUAAGUGCGGAAAGUGUGAAUGCGAACCCGACUAUGAGGGACCAACGUGCGGAGAGUGUCCUAAAUGUGAAAGGUGCAGCAAAUGCCGGUACAGAGAAUGUGUCAAGUGUAUCGUAGAAGAUGAAAAGCAGACAGCCAUGAUCAACGAGACAGCUAUUCCGCUCGGGUGUCAGUCAAGCUGCCCGAAUCUUCUAGUCACAAUGGUCAACAAAUUCAAUGAUUCCGAUCCCUGUGGCUUCAUUGUGUCGAAGGAAUGUAUACUCAACUACUUAGUGGAGUGUUCAAACGAUACUGUCCGGCUCAACAUCGCCAACCAGAGAGUGUGUACGUAUCCCGCCAAUCCCUUGCUUAUCGUCCUCCCAAUCCUUGCUUGCAUUCUCGGAGUAGGGCUCUUAAUGAUCAUCAUUUGGAGGAUCUUGACUUCGUCUACGACAAGAUCGAAUAUCCGCGGUUUGAAUAUGAGACACAGCACGGCAUAUUGA